CUGCUGCCUUGCGCACGCGCGACCCCUCCCUGCGGCAGAGUGGCGUCGGGCGAACUGCCCCUGCGGGUGGCGGCGUCCGCGGCGUGUCUGUGGGGCCGGCGCGGGAGCGCGCCGUAGAGCUGGGAGGCUGCCCCUUGCCGGUUGCCGGGCGUGUCCCUAAACCUCUCCGUGCCUCAGUUUCUCCAUCUCUAAAAUGGGAAUGAUGUCUAUUUCUCUCCGAGUGGACCUAUACUCUGUUUAGGACAGCGAUUUUCAACCGAUCCUCUGACCUUUGAUCCCUGCUGAGUCUUCCAAGCAGCCACAACAUGAACACAUCCCCAGGCACUGUGGGCAGUGACCCGGUCAUCUUGGCUACUGCGGGCUAUGACCACACCGUGCGGUUUUGGCAGGCCCACAGCGGGAUCUGCACUCGCACGGUGCAGCACCAGGACUCUCAGGUGAAUGCACUGGAAAUCACGCCUGACCGCAGUAUGAUUGCUGCUGCAGGUUACCAGCACAUCCGCAUGUAUGAUCUCAACUCCAAUAACCCCAACCCCAUCAUCAGCUAUGACGGGGUCAAUAAAAACAUCGCGUCUGUGGGCUUCCAUGAGGAUGGCCGCUGGAUGUACACGGGUGGGGAGGACUGCACUGCCCGGAUCUGGGACCUCAGGUCCCGCAACCUGCAGUGUCAGCGGAUCUUCCAGGUGAACGCACCCAUUAACUGUGUGUGCCUGCACCCCAACCAGGCAGAACUCAUUGUGGGUGACCAGAGCGGCGCUAUCCACAUCUGGGACUUAAAAACUGACCACAAUGAGCAGUUGAUCCCUGAGCCUGAGGUCUCCAUCACAUCUGCCCACAUUGAUCCAGAUGCCAGCUACAUGGCAGCAGUAAACAGCACUGGGAACUGCUAUGUCUGGAAUCUGACGGGGGGCAUUGGCGAUGAGGUGACACAACUCAUCCCCAAGACCAAGAUCCCAGCACACACCCGCUACGCCCUGCAGUGCCGCUUCAGCCCAGACUCCACGCUCCUCGCCACCUGCUCAGCUGACCAGACGUGCAAGAUUUGGAGGACGUCCAACUUCUCCCUGAUGACGGAGCUAAGCAUCAAGAGCAGCAACCCCGGAGAGUCAUCCCGAGGCUGGAUGUGGGGCUGCGCCUUCUCUGGGGACUCCCAGUACAUUGUCACGGCUUCCUCUGACAACCUGGCCCGGCUUUGGUGUGUGGAGACGGGAGAGAUCAAGAGAGAAUACGGCGGCCACCAGAAAGCCGUGGUCUGCUUGGCCUUCAAUGACAGUGUGCUGGGCUAGCCUGUGCCCCCCUGGGAUUGCAGGCAGCCAUCAGGCAGCACUGGCUGAUGUGACUGUUCAGCUGCCAUGUCAGAGCGGACCCUUCCUCGGGCUAGCCUCUACCAGCUUGGGCUAGCUGGACCUGACUGACUGCCCUGGCCCCCUUGGCCAGCCUAGAUGGGCCAAGCUGGUCUGCUGAGGGCUCUCUUAGUCCCUGGUUGCUUAUCUGGAUGUGACAGGGCUCAGGAGGCUGACCCAAGCAGCCUGGCUGCUGCCCACCCCCAAGCCAGUGCUUUCCCCCCUCCCCACCCAUUACAUGUCCCGAGACCACAGAAAACACCAUCACGGCCAGGUGGAGGGGUUUAUUAGCCCCUGCUGGUGGCCGCCUUCCAUGGCACUGAUGAUAGGGCCGUCCAGCUGGCUGGUUGGUGGGCUGGGAGUUCAGUCUGGGAGGUAAUAAAAGCAGACUGACACACAGAUGUUGCUUGGGAAGCAGAUGUCGAUGCAUAGAUAGAUCAGCCGCUGCCUCCGGGGCCCUGUGGGGAAGGGCCUUAAUGAACCCCAAAAGAGUUCCUCUCCCUCUCCCAGAAUGUCCAUGGGAGCCCAGGCCUCUCCCCAUAGCUGCCCCGACUCACCCUCUGCUCGACGGGCCCAGUAAAUGGGGAUCUUUGAGCAAAAGUGCCGCACUGAAGCCCCCACUUGGGCAGGGUCCACCUCACGGCUCCCAAGCACGGCCAGCAGCUCCUGAGCGUAGUGGGUCUCCUGGCUGGGGCUGUUAGACCCCUGGGUCUGCAGAGAAGGCUCCGGUGGGCCUUGGGCCAGGGAUACUUGCACUGCCUUUGGCUGGGCAGGGCCCAUGAAUCUCUGGACAUGCCAGCACUGUGCCAGCCACGCCCUCAGUUCUUGUCAGCAGUCUCAGCAAAGGGAAGAUAGAGCUUCUGUUCCCCUGAAACCAGAGCCCCAGCCCACCCCGGGCCCAGGCGGUACACAGGACCCUUUGUCUGGCCCAUGGCCUGGAAAGCCUGACCAUGCGAGUAUGGAGGCCGCUCACCUUUGAGGUGUUCACCAGCAGCUGCAGGGUCUUGCGAUCUCUGGGCUCCAUUGGGUGGAGGAAGCAGGCCCGGUGCUCUGCAGGUCGGUAACAGACACAGUCCUGGGGAGGCAGGCAGGUAAGGAAAGUCCAUCUGACCACCUUUAGGCAGUGACCCCCUCCCCCUCCCCACCAGUCAACUCACGCUCUGCCCAUCGAACAGCACCGCCCAGCUGUGGUUACUCUGAGUCGGGGUCACCCUGAUGGUUGCCACAUUCCCGGCCACGUCCACCUGGGCAGUUUGGUUGAACUGGUACACCCUGGGGCUCGGGCGGGUCAGACGGAGCAUCUGUAGCAGUGGCUGGGUGGGAAGCCAGAGCUCAGCUGGGCAGGCUAGGGCUCCCUCACCCUCUUUCCCCAGCCCUUCUUCAAGGCUUCUGACCCCUCCACGCCUUUGUCCUCUCCCUGUAAGCUCAGCUCUAAGCCCUGGAUUCAUUGGAGGGCUGGAUGUGCUGGCCUUUCCUCCCCCUUCCUAGUGUGCCCAGGUCCUGAGGAGGCUCACCUUGGGAGGGCUGUGAGCAAAGCCAAAAAGCCCUCCAGUGACAGCCCCAGCAGUGGCCAAUGCCAGCAACAGCAGCAGCAGGCCCAGGGCUCUCCAGCCCCCAUGGCAGGGUCUGGUCUUCACCUGAGGGCACACUGCAGUCAGUGGGGCUUGGAGCAGACUGGCUCAGGGAAGAUAGGGGUUGAGGAGGUGUGGGUGAUGGGUGUUGCCCUCUUGUCCCCUGCUCAGGGCAUGCCCUGGGUCUUUGUCCCAGGAGAGGGCACUGGGUGAUGGGAGGCACUCACCCUGAUAGGCCCAGGCCUAGGAUCCUCUGCACAGCAGCUCCCCUGCUCCAUGAUGCAGCCCUGGUGACAAUGCACUGAUUGUCUGCCACUCCUUGGAGUCAGCCAGGAAAACCUCAGGAGCCUCUGAUAAGCCAAACCGUCCUGGCCCCCUCCCCUCCUGCCUCCUCCCCAGCCCAGCUACCUGAGCCAAGACAGCCCUCUCCCCUCCACCUGGGGGAGGGGGAUGAGCUUGUCACCGUGCCUGGCUCUCCUCACACCUGGCCUGUACUAACCUGAGAGCACAAACCUGGUAGGGCAUGAGAGCAUGGCCAUUGUGGAAAUCAAGACCUGCUGAAUAGCAGGGAGGGCAGCUCAGGCCUGGCAAGAGCAGCUUUGUCUUGUUGGGGGCAGAUUAACUUUUCCUAAAGAGGCCUGUUACUAGUCUCCUGGGUUACCUCCAGAUUCCUAGGGCUGGGCACAAGGCCUGGCACAUAGCAAACCAUCAAUAAAUGUCUAUGUUAUGAAA